UGGCUGCCUAAUUUAUAUCGCCAUCUUUCCUCCUCUGCCAACCCACUUUCCACCAUCUUUCCACCUUCUUGUCUCUUUUAACUCUCCUCGACACACCAUCUCACUCUCACCCUCACAACUCACCAAUGGACACCGACAACUACUUAUCACUCUUCGUCAAAGAAACCUCUUUCUACAACCAAAUAGUGCUCGGAACUUUACUGCCGGAAAACCUCUGGACCCCACUCCCCCACCCCCUUCAAACCUGGCUCCGUAACUACAUUGCCGGAUCCCUUGUUUACCUCAUCUCUGGCUUCCUUUGGUGCUUCUACAUCUACCAUCUUAAGCAUAAUGUUUAUGUUCCAAAAGAUGCCAUCCCUACUAGAAAAGCAAUGUACUUGCAAAUAUACGUUGCAAUGAAGGCCAUGCCAUGGUACUGUGCUCUUCCAUCGAUUUCCGAAUACAUGGUUGAAAAUGGAUGGACCCGAUGUUUUGCACGGAUAAGCGAUGUCGGAUGGGCUUCAUACAUUUUGUACUUGGGCCUUUAUCUAACAUUUGUCGAGUUCGGCAUCUACUGGAUGCACCGAGAGUUACAUGAUAUCAAACCUCUAUACAAGUGGCUCCACGCCACUCAUCAUAUCUACAAUAAGCAAAAUACCCUUUCCCCAUUUGCUGGAUUGGCGUUCCACCCUAUAGACGGGAUACUACAGGCGGUGCCGCAUGUAAUCGCUCUAUUUCUCGUCCCAACACAUUUCACGACGCACAUCGCGUUAUUAUUCAUGGAAGCGAUCUGGACAGCAAACAUUCACGAUUGCAUCCACGGGAUGUUAUGGCCGGUAAUGGGUGCUGGGUACCACACAAUUCAUCACACCACGUACCGUCAUAACUAUGGUCAUUAUACCGUUUGGAUGGACUGGAUGUUCGGUACCCUUCGUGAUCCUUUGGAAGACGAGACCAAGAAUGCAUAAUAAUCAUUCUUUAUGUUGACUGUUUUUGUUUGUAAAUGACCGUGACGGUUGAAUUGUUUGAUGCCAUUAGGGGAAAAGAGUGGAGGUUUCUUCCCCCGGAGUAGAUGUUUUAGAUAUAUCUGAACUGGUAAGAUCAGUUGAGAUAUAAGAUUUGUAAGUCUGUCUGGACCAGGUCUAUGUUUUUUGUCUUGUUUGUUUAGAUUUGUUGGGUGAAAUGUAUGAUCAAGAACCGUGAUUCUCUUGUUUCUGCAUAGAGUUGGUUUUCAAUUUGUUGUGUAUCAAGUAAAAAUAAUUGGUUAUAAGUUGGGGUAUGCUUUCCCAUGA